AUGGACUCGUCUAAAAACGACGAGGCCAAGUGUGCCGAGCACAUCCACGAUGCUUCAGAAGACCUCGCUCGGGUUGCCAACCAUGAAGCGCACGAGCUCGGUCCCAUUGCAGCCAUGCGGAAGCAUCCCCUCGACACGGCAUGGGCCUUCUUCGCUGUUAUCUCAUGUCUGCUUGUCUCUUUCGAGAACCAAGCUUCUGGCAUGGUUCUGAGCAUUCCGCAAUUCCGCAAGGACUUUGGGAACGGGUUUGAGGGUUCCUAUGUCCUUGACGCUGACUGGCAAUCUGCUUUUUAUGGCGGACCUGUUGCUAGCUCGGUCAUUGGAACCUUCUCUGCUGGCUAUCUUGCUGACAAGUUUGGACGAAAGCCGAUCCUCCUUGUCUCCAUCGCCCUGUCGUUCGUCGCAAUCGCUAUCGAGUUCAUUGCAACUACCCCGGCUACGUUCUUUGGUGGAAAAUUCCUCAACGGGUUCCUGGCUGGUGUAAUCUUGUCUGUUGCUGUCACUUACGUUGGCGAGGUCACCCCCAUGGCCAUUCGUGGCUUAUUCACAUGUCUCACGGCGCUGAUGAUGACUAUCGGCCCCUUGACAGCGGCCAUCAUCGUUGACAACACUGGAGCUACCGAGUCACCCUGGGCAUAUCGAGCCAUAUUCUGUUCUCAAUUCGGAUUCGCUGGAAUCUGCAUCAUCCCCGCCCCUUUCAUGCCCGAGUCCCCUGUCUGGCUAUUGAGUGUAGGCAAGGUAGACAAGGCAACGCAAGCCCUGCGCCGGCUCGGAUAUUCUGGGGCCAAACUGGACAUGCAAAUCUCCCAGAUUCAGACAACGCUUGACAAGGCUAGAGAGGAAGCAGCCGGGGCCACCUAUCUUGACUGUUUCCGCCGUUCGAACCUACGCCGUACCAUCAUCUCCAUCAUGCCCCUGGCUAUUCAAGCACUGGGUGGUGUAUACUUCGUCGCUUCCUAUGGAACCUAUUACAUCCAGCUAGCGGGGUAUAGCACGGCAGCUAGCUUCAAGCUGCAGAUAGCCCAGCAUGGACUUUCCAUGGCCGGGAAUAUCUGCUCUUGGUUCCUGGUAGAUCGCGUCGGCCGUCGACCAUUGACCUUCUGGGGCACGUUUUCGGUCACAGUCAUUCUACUUGUUGCUGCUGGACUGGCCACCGAGGGUAGUCCAGGCUCCAUCAAGGGUUCUGUCGCCCUGAUCGUCGCCUACAACUUCUUCUACAACAUCUCAAUUGGUGCGACUGCUUAUACCCUUCUGUGUGAAGUCGCCACCUCGCGCCUCCGCGUCAAGACUAUCUCGAUCGGCAUUGCCCUUCAAUAUACCAUCUACUGCGUAUGGGCCUUUGUCAUCCCUUACAUGUUCAACCCCGAUCAGGCCAACCUCGGUGCUAAGACUGCGUUUCUGUUUGGUGGUCUUGGAGUGCUUUGUCUAGUCUAUCUCUGGUUCUAUCAGCCCGAAACUGCCCAUCGCAGCUACGAAGAGCUUGAUGAACUGUUUAUGAAGAAAGUCAGCGUCCGCCAGUUUGCCAGCUACAAGACGGACGCUGAAACAAAGGAGGUCAACUAG